AAUGAAACCAACUUAAAAUGAAUAUUUUUGCAAUAUUUGUGUUGAUCACUCUCCUUUCGGCUUACCUAUGUAUUUCGGAGUCUUCUUCGGACAUCUCUAAGCUGUUCGAAACAUGGUGCAAGGAACACGGGAAAACAUACGGUUCGGAGGAAGAGAAGCUGCAGAGGAUGCAGGUGUUUGAGGACAAUUAUGAAUAUGUGAAGCAACAUAACAGCAAAGGCAACACUUCGUAUACCCUUGGUCUGAAUCCGUUUUCUGAUCUGACGCACGACGAGUUCAAGGCAUCAUACUUGGGUGGUGUUACCGUUUCUGCCAAUCUCCGUGGUGGUACUCUAGAGAUACCAUUUCCAGAUUAUGCGGGCGCUAUUCCGGCAUCCAUUGAUUGGAGACAGAAAGGGGCUGUGACUGGGGUCAAAUAUCAAGGGACUUGCAAUGUUUGCUGGGCAUUCUCAGCAGCAGCAGCUAUUGAAAGCAUAAACAAGAUUGCGGGCGGAACUCUAGUGGACGUAUCCGAACAGGAGCUAGUUGAUUGUGCUAAUUUCCGUCCUCGUUGUGCGACGGGGUAUAUGGACACCGCAUUCCAGUUUGUGGUAAAGAACGGUGGCAUCGACACUCUCAAAGACUAUCCAUACGUGGCUAAGGCAACCUCAUGCGAUCAGGCCAAGCUGAAGAAGCACGCGGUGACCAUCGAUGGCUACACGAAGAUCCCCCAGAACGAUGAGCAAGCGCUGCUGAGAGCUGUUGCAAAUCAGCCUGUAAGUGCCACUGUGUGCGCCCUUUCUAAAGAGUUUGAGAUGUACAACCAGGGUGUAUUCAGUGGCCCGUGUCUUGCCUGCAACAGCCAUGCUGUGCUGAUCGUGGGAUAUGGUUCCGAGAAUGGAAAAGAUUAUUGGAUCGCGAAGAACUCGUGGUCCAACAAAUGGGGACGAGACGGUUAUAUUUACAUCCAGCGCAACACCGGCGAUCCUAAAGGCCUCUGUGGCAUCAACAUGUUCGCUUCCUAUCCGGUCAAGAACACCAAAUCGAAUCCAUUGGUUUCAUCUAUUUGAAUACAAUUGUAGCUUGGAACAUAUCUCUAUUUAAAUAAGUGAUCAUCUUUUUAUUAUAAAAGAUAAUCACACUCGUAUUAUCAUUUUUA